GUUUUUUUCUUCUUUCCCAACUCUGUUUCUCCUCUAGCCUUCUCCUUCGUUGCUCUCUUCUCUUCUCUCGCUGCUCUCGCCGGAACUCUGCCCUGAAGUCUCGCUCUCUGUACACUGGCCGUCAUUUCUGCAGUCUGGUUAAUCCGGUUGAUUCUGACCUUGUAACAUGAUGGGUUUGAUAUCUGGUCUGGUUUUUGCUUCGGACAGCAACAGUUAAACCCUAACCGAAGAAAGAAAUACAAGAAGAGCGUGAGUUUUAGCAAGGUACAGAUGGAUAUGGGGGAAGAAGGCGCUGAAGGGAUCUCCAAGAGGAUCCAAGCACGGUUCGUGACGAAGCUUGAAGCUGAAUUCCAAGUGUCAGCUGCUGCCAUUGCCAUCCCCUCUGACCUCACCCGGUUUGGCCUCUCCUCCCUUGUCAACGCUCUUCUCCAAUCCAAAGAUCCUGAUCAUAAACCGGAGCCGUUCGACUUUUUGAUCAAUGGCGAGUUUGUUCGGAUGUCGCUUGAGCAGUUCCUUCUGGCCAAGGGGAUUUCUGCGGAAAGGAUAUUGGAAAUCGAGUACACGAGGGCUGUUGCUCCACGAAAGGAGGAAGACCCUUCUAUGCAUGAUGACUGGGUCAGUGCUGUUGAUGGUUCAUCUUCUCGGUUUCUUUUGACAGGAUGUUAUGAUGGUUUAGGGAGGGUGUGGAAAGGUGCUGGAUUGUGUACCCAUACAUUGGAGGGACAUAGUGAUGCUGUUACAUCUGUUGGUAUCGUCAAUCCAGAAGGUGUGGAUGCUGUGACACUGGCUACUGCUUCGAAAGACCGUACACUGAGGCUAUGGAAGAUCAACACAGAAGAGGAUAUCAACCGUUCUAUGAAGAUUAGGGCUUUCAAAAUCUUACGUGGUCAUAAGGCUUCGGUACAGAGUGUUGCUGUGCAGACUUCUGGAGAAAUGGUUUGCUCGGGUUCUUGGGAUUGCACCAUCAACCUGUGGGAAACGAAUGACAAUGGAGAAGAUGACCUAGUCUCUAAGAGGCGAGGCUGUUACAACCCUUGUGGGCCAUACACAGUCCGUAUCUUCUGUGGUAUGGCCACAACGAGAGUCAAUCUAUUCUGCAUCAUGGGAUCAUUCAAUUCGAAAAUGGGAUGUUGAGACGGGCAAAAACUUGUCAGAUAUCUUCUGUGGGAAGGUUCUCAACUGCCUUGAUAUUGGUGGAGAAGGUUCAACUCUGAUAAGUGCUGGUGCUUCUGACCCUAUUCUUAGGAUUUGGGAUCCUCGUAAGCCGGGGACUUCUGCUCCUGUCUUUCAGUUUGCAUCUCACACUUCUUGGAUUUCUGCUUGCAAAUGGCAUGACAGUUCUCGGUUUCAUUUGCUCUCUGCAUCGUAUGAUGGGAAGGUUAUGUUGUGGGAUCUGAGAACAGCGUGGCCUCUCUCUGUCAUAGAGUCACACACGGACAAGGUUUUAUGUGCUGACUGGUGGAAAAGUAACAGUGUUAUCAGUGGCGGAGCAGACUCAAAACUAUGCAUUUCUUCAGAAAUUCCUGUAUAGCAAGUUAAUUGUAUUACUUGGGGCAUGCUGUAACAGUAGCAGAUAUUUAUUAUAAUAUAGGGAAGGAAUUCAAAUUAUGAGCCAAUUUUGUCUUAAGGCCAAUUUUGCCUGUGAGAAAAAUUUCAUUUUUGUUUGGCUAACUGGAUAUUUAUGUUUACACUCAUAAUAUAGUUGUCCUGAACUCAUUUGCCUGCCAAA